UUUAAGUUUAACGUAUUUGAAUCGAGAAAUCAAUCUAAGCUUGAACUAGUAUUUCAGAAAACCGAUUAUAAUGAAAUAUUUCAUGUUCCUUAUUACAAAAAUAUUACCAAAUUUAUGAAACUUUUGGGACAAGAUCCACGUGACAAAAGUAGCACUAAAAGUAUGAUUGUAAUUAUAGUGACAACCAGUAUUGUAAGCAUCAUUCUUCCAACGAUAAUUGAAUUAUACGUAUCACUACGUAAGAAAGACGCGGAUGGCGUUAUCGAGUGUUUGCCACAUUUUAUCGCAUCUUCGAUCGGUCUUAUUAAGAUAUUAAAUAUGCAUUUCAAUAGGCAAAAUUUUAGCAAAUUAUUCCAUCUGGUGGGGACACAAUGGGAUCAAUUGAAAUUAAGCGGUCAAUUACAUGUUCUGGAAAAAAUAGUUAUACAAGGCAACAAAAUGGCACAAUUUUAUCACAAUACUUUAGUAUCUUUUUUGAUACUCUACUUGCUGAUUCCGUUAAUUUCUCCCAUCCUAGACAUCAUCCAUCCAUUAAAUGAAACUCGCACACGACAGCAAAUACUUAGAGUUAAUUAUCUAUUUUUUGACGGUUAUGAUUAUUUCUUCUAUUCAUAUUUGCAAUUACUUUGGGCGGUAUCAGUUACUGUAUUCACAAUAAUUGGAGCAGACUGGUUAUACAUGUUAAUAAUUCACCACAAUAGCGGAUUAUUUACAGUUUGUGGAUAUCAGAUACAGAAAGUGGUAUCGAUUCAAAAUUACAAUGAUGAAGUUAUUUCGCAGAAUUACAUAUAUGAAAAAUCCCGAAACAGCGUGCUGAUGCAUAAAGAAGCUAUAGGAUUUUUCAUGCUACUAGAUAAAUCCAGUCAAAUUAGUUAUUUAAUUCAAGUUGGAUUGAACAUGUUGGGCAUGAGCGCCACAGCUGUACAAACAGUCGUAAAUAUACAUAGACCGGAAAUCGCAAUGCGAAAUGCUGUAUUCUGUGGUGCAAGUCAGUUUCAUUUGUUACUACUCAGCCUACCUGGCCAGGUGCUACUGGAUAGUUGCUCUACUUUAGCCGACAAUAUAUACAACUCUGCAUGGUACGCCACACCGGUGAAAAUUCAAAAAUUACUGUACGUAAUGCAAAUAAGGUGCAAGAAACUCUGUUCGUUGACUGCGGGUGGAUUGUACGACAUGAAUAUAGAAAAUUUCGGAAUAGCCUUUAAAACAUGCAUGUCUUAUAUCACAAUGAUGAUGUCACUGAGAGACUGAAUUGACUUGCAUUUACUGUUUCACUUAUGUCGUGUUAUCCCUGU